UUGAAUCGUAUCACGCUUCUCUUUUACGCCGAAUGGGACAACAUCCAUCUUUAUAUGUAUUCUAUGACCAUUUGAGAAGUAUAGAACAACAAUCCAGAAUGGAUUUUUCAAGGGCGAUUGAUGGACUACCGGUGAGACGUGUAACUUCUCAUAUGUAUCCACAAAAUAUAGUGACAUUAAAUGAUGCGUGGCUACGGGCUGAAAACAGUCAGUAUACCUUAGAGGAGUUCCAAAGAUAUACAGCACAUACACCAGAACAAAUAUUGAUGGCAGAAAUUGGAGAGCCAGUAUUUGUGGAAAAUAAUCUCCAGGACUUGGAUCUAAAUCUACAAGCUUUGCCACCUCCACUUCAAUUAAUGGAUCAUCAAAUGAUUCCAGAUGAACGUGGACGAAGAAGACGGGGACAAGGUAGAGCUCGUAUUCCUGAAAAUGAACAAGGUCCUCAAAGAAUGCGUGGAAGGCGUGGGAUACAUCCUAGAAGAGGGCAAAGAGCCAAUAGAUGCAGGUGACAAGUCCCCAGAGGACUUGUUGCUGAGGCAUGGGCAGAAUUUUAUGCCGAACUAUCAGAGGACGACGAAGAUAUACAGCCACAAUUAGCACCGGUCCAGGAACCAAUUCAAGAAAAUAUUGCUGAAAUUUGCAUAAUAUGCAUGGAUGAGGAGGUGUCAGUUAUAAUAAUACCUUGUAGGCAUACAUUUUGCGUCGUUUGCGUACAGCGCCUUCAACAAGAUGCAUUUGAAGUCUGUCCUUUAUGCA